GUGACCUCGAUUACCGGGUACAAGCUCGCAUACGGCCAGUCAGCCUGUCUGACUUGAGCGCAGAAGAGCUUGAGAGCAGGUUCAAUGAGGAACUGUUCAGAAUCACUCUCCUCCUUGUCGGCACCAUCCUCAUGCUAGCCAGGAAAGACAUGAGUUUAGAAGACGAAGCCUUUGCUCGUACCCAGGAUACAAGAUUGCAGUGGUUACACGACAUAGUCAUAGCUAAGAGCGCGAGGACUGAUGAGCAGAACAAAUACCUCCAGGACUACAAGCAUACUCACCAAUUUGAAGGCUGGCUAAACUUCGUCUGUGUUGUCAUCCAUGAACUGGAAUAG